AUCCCUCUUUUUGGACGGGAACCCGCCAACCUCGGAUUUCGCCCCCAACGUUAACAAUCUCUCCCGAUCAAUCUUUGUAUCUGUUUCUGCUGAUUCUGCGCCAUCAAUUUCCAAAUACGGUGAGAAUCUCACCAUAGCCACAGAAUUCGCUCCAUUCCUCAAACAUGCUACGUUCUAAAUCGAGAUCUGGGUCCUUCGGUUUCGGGCGAAACAAGCACAAAUCGGUUCUUUCCAGGACCAUCUCUGCUUCUAUAUUCUGCAAAGGCGAUCCUCUGAUAUCACAGAUUGAUUGCGACGCCCUCAAGCCGGUUGAGAAAAAUCUCUCCGAGGUUCCCGAUUCAUCGGAGGAGCAGAUUGUUAGAGCUUCAAAGAUGCAGCAAUAUGUGAGUCAGCUGGAGGAGGAGGUGAAGCUGACGAAGGGGCAACUGGGCUUCGCGAAUGAAGAGAGAGAUAGGGCCAUCGAUGAGCUCCGGGGGAUGAAAAUGGUGGCUCAAGAGGCCAACAUGAAGCUGAGCGAGGCGUUGUCGUCUAGGAAGGUGGAAGAGGCAUACGCAGAGCUUACUAGUUUGAAGGGGUCCCUGUCGGAUCUGGAGAAGGAAUUGAAAAUGAAAGAUGACUGUGUGGUGGCCCUGAAGCUCAAGCUUUUCAAGGCCAAGCAAUUCGAGGCCAGGUUGGCCGAGAGAGAUGCACUGUUCAAUAGGCUCCAAGAGGAGUUGAGUAAUUCCAGAGCUUCUGAGGGCCGAGCAACGGAGAUGCUGUCUGAGAGCAAGCGGAGAAUAGAGGAACUUGAGGAUGGAAUCGAGAGGGCGAAGCUAUCCGAAGCCGAAAUGAUUAAUUCAAUGGCUUUCCAAACCAAACAGUUCGAGCAGACCAAGGUUGAACUCGAAGAAUCGAGGUUUGAGAUUGCUUGUCUCCUUGAGAAGGUCGAGAAGUUGGAGGCUUUGUCUAGACACAGCAGUAGCGGAGACAGUGAUGACGAGAAUCUGGCUUUCCUCGACGAUGAGGAUGCAGGUCUCAGGGCCGAGCUUCAAAUGGCGAAAGAGAACUUGGCCCGUGCCCGAGAGGGAGAGAAAGCUGCCCUGUCAAGGGCGAAGAAUCUGUUCGGGGAGUUGAACUCGGUUAGAGCUGAAUUAAAGCUGGCUAUUGAGGCAGAGGAGAGGAGCAAGAAGGCCAUGGAUGAUCUAGCAUUGGCGUUGAACGAAGUUGCAGCAGAAGGUAAUGAUGUCAAGUUGAAACUCAGAUCAAACCAAGUGGAGCUCGAGAAUGCCAAAAAGGAAGCAGAGCAAUUGAAGGAGAUGGCGAGGGGCAACGAGGAUAGGUACAAGAAGCUGUUGGAUGAAUCGAAGAAGGAAACUGAGCGGCACAAGAACACCAUCGAGAGGCUCAGAGCAGAAGCUGAGGAGUCGCUCUUGGCAUCUAAUGACAAAGAAAUAGGCUUUGUCAACUGCAUAAAAAGAGCUGAAGAGGAGAGGACACAGCUGCAACAAGAGAACGCCCGGCUUGUUGAAUCCCUAAACACAGUCGAGAAGACGAGCAAGGCAUUAAGAGAGGAGAAUUUUAACUUGAGGGAUAUACUUAAGCAGGCACUGAGUGAAGCCAAUGCUGCAAAAGAAGCUGCAGCCAUUGCUAGUGCUGAAAAUUCCCAGCUCAAGGAUUCGCUCGACCAAAAGGACGAAGCUCUGGCCUUGCUUACCCGCGAAAAUGAACGCCUUAUGGAUGAAGCUGCAGCUCAUGAGAGCCUCAAGGGGCUGAAACGGUUGCUUCCUGUAGCAUCCUCAAAGGAGCCCAAGACUGAGAGUAAGGAGCAAGACUGGAUGUUCAAGUCUAUUUAUUCGCUCGAGCGCAAAGACAGCAAGAAACGGAACAAAGCUUUCAGUUUUGAUCUCAGCGAGCUGACAGCUCAAAUGGAGCAUGAAGAUCUCAGCGAGAUCAAUGCUUUAGAUGAGGAUCCUGUUAAGGCUGAGGCCCUCAAGGGAUCAAUAUUCGAUACUGUGGAUUCACCAACUUCAGACGGUCGCAUUCACAGAAGAGUCGUGUCUUCUUCAUUAACAGAUGAUGGAGAAGUGAUAAACUCAGAUGGUUUUGAUGAUGCCGAAACUAAGAGGAAGUUGCAGAGAAAGAGGAGACCGAUGAUUCGCAGGUUUGGAAACCUUAUAAGGAGGAAAAGCUUCCACAAAGAGAGACCACUGCCGGUAGAAUAAGCCCUUUUCAUCUAUCACAUUAGUUCACCAUCAUUGUUGAUUUACUGGUUCUGGUUUUCGCAUCCAUCUGAAGCCACCCUUUACUGAGUUACCUAGUUAGAUAGCAGUAUGAACAGAUGAAGCAACAACAUGAGAGGAAGUUGCAGAGAAAGAGGAGACCUAUGAUUCGUAGGUUUGGAAACCUUAUAAGGAGAAAAUGUUUCCACAAAGAGAGGCCACUGCCGGUAGAAUAAGCCCUUCUCAUCUAUCACAUUAGUUCACCAUCAUUGUUGAUUUGUUGGUUCUGGUUUUUCAAAUCCAUCUGAAGCACCCUUUACUGAGUUACCUAGUUAGGUAGCAGUAUCAACAGAUGAUGCAACAACAUUUUAAGAGCCCGGUUAGUCAAAUGGCGACGGAUUCUGAUCGAUGGCAAUGGCAUUUGUAGACAUAAUGAGACGUGCCCCUGUCAUCUAGAGAUACAGAAUUUACAGGAACUGUUUGAUUUGAUCUGAAAAUGUUUACUUAUGGUGCAGAAAUCUUGUUUGUUUAUGUACUUAAGUCUCUUCCGAUGGGAUUCAUUUAAUUUCUUCUUGCAUAGCAAAGAGUAAUGCUCAUUCCCUUUGCUGGGAACUUGUGGAGUUUCUA